AUGUCUCUCGCAACUCUAGAUAAAUCUCAACACCCAAGCCUUCCGGAGUCGGCAACAACCCUCUUCUCUGCAAAAGCAGCCAAAAAGCUGAGUUUCGAGCAAAUCGCCCAGCACAUCGGACGCAAUGAAGUAUCCACGGCCGCAAUUUUCUACGGUCAAGCCAAGGCAUCCGCCGAGGACAUUCACGAGCUAUCAAAACUGCUCGAGAUUCCCCAGUCUCUCCUUGAAGAACAGCUCAGUGGAUUCCCUGAUCGAGGCCGCUCUGUCCAGAUGCCUCCUACCGAACCACUGAUCUAUCGAUUGUAUGAGAUUGUGCAGAACUACGGGUAUGCGUAUAAGGCUGUGUUGAAUGAGAAGUUUGGAGAUGGUAUUAUGAGUGCUAUUGCAUUUUCAACUAAAGUCGAGAAGGAGACUGAUGCUGACGGUAAUAACUGGGCUGUAAUCACUCUGCGGGGUAAAUGGCUGCCCUUUACUCGAUGGUAG